UAAAUGACAUUCUUUGGAUUCAGCUUCUCCGCAGGUGAUUUCUAUGCUGGGAAAUUCCUACCAAACUGGUGGCCCACUAUCGCAAAGUCAUGUCCAAGCUGUCAAUAAUCUUAAUUCUAUGGGAAUGUUGAAUGAUGUAAAUUCCAAUGAUGGUUCUCCCUUUGAUAUAAAUGAUUUCCCUCAGCUGACCAGCCGCCCCAGUUCUGCUGGAGGUCCUCAAGGACAAUUGGGUUCGCUUCGUAAACAAGGUCUUGGUGUUAGUCCUAUUGUUCAGCAAAAUCAAGAGUUCAGCAUCCAAAAUGAAGAUUUUCCAGCUUUACCAGGAUUUAAAGGUGGCAAUGCUGAUUAUGCAAUGGACUUGCAUCAGAAAGAACAACUUCAUGACAAUACCGUGUCCAUGAUGCAGUCUCAGCACUUCUCUAUGGGGAGGUCUGCUGGAUUCAACUUGGGAGGAUCAUAUUCAUUGCAUCGUCCACAGCAGCAACAGCAACAGCAACAUGCACCAUCAGUCAGUAGCAGUGGCAUCUCCUUUUCAGCUGUAAACAACCAGGAUCUUCUCCAUCUGCAUGGCUCAGAUAUGUUCCAAUCGUCCCAUUCAAACUAUCACUCGCAGACCAGUGGACCGCCUGGCAUAGGAUUAAGACCUCUGAACUCUCCGAAUACAGUUUCUGGUAUGGGGUCUUAUGACCAGCUUAUCCAACAGUAUCAGCAGCACCAGAGUCAGUCCCAGUUUCGCCUGCAGCAAAUGUCUGGUGUAAAUCAAUCAUACAGGGAUCAGGGUGUGAAGUCCAUGCAAGCUCCACAAGCUGCGCCCGAUCCAUUUGGUUUGCUUGGUUUAUUGAGUGUAAUAAGGAUGAGUGAUCCUGAUCUGACAUCGCUUGCACUUGGAAUUGAUCUGACAACGCUUGGGUUGAACUUGAACUCGACUGAAAAUCUUCACAAGACAUUUGGAUCCCCAUGGUCAGAUGAGCCUGCUAAGGGUGAUCCAGAGUUCAGUGUGCCUCAAUGCUAUUAUGCUAAACAACCACCUAUUUUAAAUCAAUCGUAUUUUAUGAAGUUCCCAAUGGACACAUUGUUUUACAUCUUUUACAGCAUGCCAAAAGACGAAGCCCAGUUAUGUGCUGCAUAUGAACUAUACAACAGAGGUUGGUUUUAUCACAGAGAGCUUCGUCUCUGGUUUACGAGGGUUUCCAAUGUGGAACCACUUGUUAAGACAAACACAUAUGAGAGAGGGUCUUAUAUCUGUUUCGAUCCAAACGCAUGGGAAACAAUCCGCAAGGAUAAUUUUGUCGUUCACUAUGACAUGUUGGAAAAAAGACCAGCUCUACCCCAACAUUAACUCAUAUUUUCCAGUUUACAGUGUAAAGUUUCAGUUUAGUUUCAAUGUUAGAAUCUGAGAGUCAGUUUCCCAUUUUAGUGUUCCUCCAAUUGGCCAUUGUAAGUAAAUUGUUGCAUAAAUCUUGUUUUAGUUAAGUCAUUUAGUCCCUUUUUUACAUGAUGCUAAAUAUAACAUUAGAAAAGAAAAAAAAAUGAACUGGUUUUUAUACCUGUUUUAAUGAAUAGUUCGGUUUUGAUAAUCAAAAGAGAUACUAAUCAUCAGUGGUUAAUCACUCGAUUCAA